GCGAGCGAAACAGGCAUGGCGGCGCGGCUCGCGGCGCACGAGGGACCCGGGGCUGCCGUCCAGAGCCCAUGGCUGCUGCUGCUGGCCCCGCUGCUGCUGGCCCCGCUGCUGGCGCGGCCCGCCGAGGCUCUGGUGGAGGGGCUGUACUGCGGCACGCGCGACUGCUACGAGGUGCUGGGCGUUAGCCGCUCGGCCAGCAAGGCGGAGAUCGCGCGGGCCUACCGCCAGCUGGCCCGGCGCUACCACCCCGAUCGCUACCGGCCCGAGCCGAGCGACAGCCCCGGGGGCGCGCCGCCGAGCGCCGAGGCUUUCCUGCUUGUGGCGACCGCCUACGAGACGCUCAAGGAUGAAGAAACUCGGAAGGAUUAUGACUACAUGCUGGACCACCCAGAAGAGUACUACAGCCAUUACUACCACUACUACAGCCGGCGCCUCGCCCCCAGAGUGGACGUCAGGCUGGUGAUUUUGGUCAGUGUGUGUGCCAUUUCAGUGUUUCAGUAUUUCAGCUGGUGGAAUAGCUAUAAUAAAGCAAUCAGCUACCUAGCUACAGUGCCCAAGUACCGCAUCCAGGCGACAGAAAUUGCCAAGGAGCAGGGACUGCUCAGAAAAGCCAAAGAAAAAGGGAAAAACAAGAAGUCCAAAGAAGAAAUCCGGGACGAAGAGGAAAACAUCAUAAAGAACAUUAUAAAAAGUAAGAUAGACAUAAAGGGGGGCUACCAGAAACCCCAAGUGCGUGACCUUCUCUUGUUUCAAGUCAUCCUCGCUCCUUUUCACCUGUGCUCAUACGUUGCCUGGUAUUGCCGGUGGAUCUAUAAUUUUAACAUCAAAGGCAAAGAGUAUGGUGAGGAGGAGAGACUCUACCUCAUACGGAAGUCCAUGAAGAUGUCGCAGUCUCAGUUCGACAGCCUGGAGGACCAUCAGAAGGAAACGUUUCUUAAACGGGAGCUUUGGAUAAAGGAGAACUAUGAGGUCUACAAGCAGGAGCAAGAGGAAGAAUUAAAGAAAAAGCUGGCAAAUGACCCUCGGUGGAAGCGAUACCGGAGAUGGAUGAAGAAUGAAGGACCUGGACGGUUAACAUUUGUGGAUGACUGACGAUUGACGGGGAAGUGCUCUGCCGAGUGUUGUGAUGCUGCUUUCAUAGCAGUUGGCUGAGAGGUGUGUCUGCUGCGCUCAGCAGCAACUCCGGUUCCCGAGCAUAUGAUUAAACAAUAAUACAGCAAUUUCAACUUUCCCUUAAAACUUUAUACCGAAGACAUUUAUGAUGGUUCAAUUUUUAUAAUCUAUUUGUGGAUUUUGUUUAAACAAAAGAUUUGACAUGAGAUUUAUUGGUUGCCAUUUAAAAUUUUUAUAUAUUUAGUUAAAUUUGACAUGAAAUUUAUUAGAUACCAUUUAAAACUUCUGUGUGAAGUAUUUCUUCUUCAAGAGUGUUUCUUUAUGUUUUCAUAAUGCUACAUUUUUCUGCUCUUCUGGUCUCUAUUUAUACAAAACAACAACAAAACGUUACAACAGCACCUGACCGUAUUAUUGUGUCUUUCUGGACACGAUUUCUUCAGGAGAACUGUUCGGUGUCAUAUUGUCCUUACUGUAGUCCUUACAGGUUGGAGCUUGUCUAAAGUAAUCUCUAGGAGAGGCUUCUAGAAUCUCUGCAGUUCCCUCCCAGCCAUUGUACUCUUGAUAAGAUCAAACACUCUCCAGGAGAGUGGGUCACCGUCACGUCCUUGUGGGAUGUUCUCGAUUACAGUCUCCUUACAGGACUAACUGUCUUCUCAAACAUGUCUGCAGAGGGGACCUUGUGGAAGGUCUUCUGUGUUGCCAUCUUGCUGCUUUUCCUCCCUCCCU